AUGGACCUAGAGGAAAGUGAUAACUGCAGAAAUGACACAUAUGACAAUGCUGAGUUUGUCAAAGAAACGGUUACGUCUUUACUUGAAUUCACAAAUAUUAAAUGCAAGUCACAUGAUAAGCAAUUCACCGAUUUCGAAUAUUGCUACUUAAGGUCAGUAAAUCGGUCUUAUAAAUACAUGUCAGUGAAGGCGAGGCUUUUUCAGAUACCAGUAACAAAUGUAACGAUUCGCUAUACUUUUUUAAGAAGAGAUGAUGGUUAUACGCCAUUCCUGUCGAAUUUUACGGUCGAUGCUUGCGAAUUUCUAAGAUCGCCAAAAGAUCCAAUAGCAAAAUUUUUUUACGGUUUAAUAGUCCAGCAUUCAAAUAUGAACCAUACUUGUCCUUAUAAUCACGAUGUCUUUAUCGACAAACUUGAUACAAGUUUUUUAAGUGGUAAAUUUAAAGGUUUGCCAAUUCCAAACGAUGCGUUUAUUUUAAAGUCAACGUGGUUCGCUUACAAUAUUCCUCGCGCCGAUGUCAAUGUUUAUGUCAAAAUAAAUUAA